AUGUCAGGUUUCAAUCCCUUCCGCGCCAGAAAUCUAGAUGACCUAUUCUCCAAGCCAGCUCCCUCAGUGCCUACCCAGCUGCCCAACGGUUACCCCAAGAAGCCCGGGUUAUCAUUGGAGCUCGAAACCGAUGACUCGACUUCAUCAGACGAACAGUCUGUGGACCCGUUCAAUCCCGACCCUUCCGUGAGCGACAUUGACAACGACCCUGGCCACGAUGACUACACUCAGCGGAGCAGCUCCACGAGCUCGACGCUCAAUGAUCGCCCCCGAGAUUUCUUUGGGUCUUCUCCACAUCCAGCUCCAUCCGCCGAUGGGUCGACGGCCACCUCGUCAUUUAACUUACCAUUUGUACCUGCUACUACACAAAGCAUACGGUCAGGAUCAGAGGCUGGGCUGGGCUCGGGCUCAGGCUCAAGCACACCGCAAGAAAUCGUCCCACCACCAGGGACUCGCGAUGGGGCCCAGACACAAACAUUUCGAUCUCCACCGGAGCCAGGCACCAGUACAUCUCCGUCAAGUCGGUCCAACAAAGAAAAGAAGCCACCACCUCCCCCGCGCAGUCAUCAUGGCAAACGAAUCACCACUGCUACGAACACUACGGCCGGCACUAGUGGCAAUGCCACUUCCUCGUCCUCUUACACCUCACCACCCCGAUCUACUAACCGCCUCUCAUACCAUGCCCCAUCCCCAGAGAGCCAGAUAUCUACUCGCCGGUCCGGCACCCCUAAUGCCGGCUCGACAAGCCAGGCUCCGGGAUCAGACUACUUCACCUUCUCGGUCUCUCCGGAAGACCAGCAGCGAGCACGAGCACGAGCACCGAACUCGACCAAUCCAGGCGAGUCCGUCCACCGCAGUGCCUCUCAACACUCCCAGCACAAACGCCCUCCUACACCCCCUCUAAGUCGCCGACAUAGCCAGAUGCGACGAUCCAAGUCCACACAGUCCAAGACAAGCGGCAGUCGUCUAACCAUGUCCUCCCUUGAUUCCGAGAGCACGGAUAGCUCACAACCUCCUAGCCCGGGUCUGUCCACCCGCUCCUUGGCUUCCUCUAUACCAGAUCGCAAGCGCCUCAGCAUGCCACCACCUUCCUCCAGGUCCAUGGAGAGGGAGAUGGAAACACGUGCUAUGCCUGGGCAUUCCCUACCACCAGACUCCUUAUCAUCACCUCCCUCAACAUCCAGAUCAAAUCCUCCCCCGUCCGGUCGCCGUACCUCUUCGCACAGCAGUAUACUGUCCGGUGGCUUGUCCUCCGCUGUGGCACCUCCACCUCCGCCACCUCCGCGCCGUGCGCGGGACUCUAGUUCCCGUAGUAGCGAGGGGAGGCCAGUGUCACAGGUCAUCGGGGUGGAGGAAGCACCGUUGCCGCAGCCAUCUAAUGCUCAGGAUAUCUUGGCUGAUCUGUCACGGCUGCAGAAGGAGGUGGAUGAUCUGCGUGGACAUUAUGAGAGCCGCAAGACUACGCCGUGUAGUCAAUUCUCUUUAACAACCGCUCGGGUUUUAGUUGUUCGACGAUAG